UCCGGCUUAAGCGGGUCCGAAUUUACCCCCAACCCAGCAUAACCACACCAUGGCAGAUUAUCGAGAUAUCUGGUCCCCGGCAAAAGUCUUCUCGCCGUCGGCAGCGAAGCACCAGAAUCAUCUCGCGAAAGAAUGGGCGUACGUUGAUCAAUGGCUCGCGGCACGCUACCAUCCAAAACCGGUACCGAAGUUUGAGCGGAACCCUGACACCCUGAAGGCACUCACUACUCUGGCCUCUGCGAGCGAGGCUGCUAACGAAGAGCGGGCCUUGGAAACAAAAGUUAAGGAAAAGGCACUCGCCGAGUUGAAGGCUAGGGAUAAGGCCGCCUCUGAGAAUGAGGAGUCUGUGCUGAUUGCGUUGGAGGAGAACUUGACGCCUGAGGGGACUCGAGCGUUGAAUUCAAUUGCUCUAUUGUCGGUUGCGUUGGGAUCGACUUCUACAGAUACUCAAAAGUUAGCGAAAAACUUGAUCGACUUGACAAAAGAAGAAUUCGAACUAAAGUAUCAAUCAAUUCGGAUUGAAACCCUGCAUAAACGACUGCAGAAAGACCUCGCGCACCUGCGUGAGAAGCUAAACUGUAUGGAACACAGUGAGGAAUUCAAGGUUCCGCCGGAAUUAGCUGGACAGGUUGCAGAGUGGACAAGGACGGGUAGGCAUUUGAGGCAUAAGGCAGAAGACUAUAAGGAGAGGGUUGAGAUGCUGCAGAACGAGUUCAAUUCUUCACGUUUGGCAACCGGCCUGACUGUCGAGGCCGUCGCAGGGCAAGAGAAAGCAGUGGAGGCGUUGAAGGAGCAUGUGCUCAAUUUGGAGUCGCAGGCCAAGUGCUUUCAGGGACUGCCUCCGGAGAAGGAUCUUGCUAGGUUGGAGGUUGAGAGAGUUGCCAAGGAGCUCGAGGAGUUGGAGGCGAAGAGAGAGAAGCUCUAUGAUACCAUGGUUGGGAAUUGAUGAUUGUGGUUUUGGCGUGUGAAAUAAUUGAGGGUCUAAUUAGAUGG